GCCCACAACUAUAAGUAUAAUUGCUUAUUACUAUCCUUUUCAAUCUAUUUUUAAGCUACUGAUCUCUUUCAGUUUUAAGUUUUUUCAAAUUUGCACAAAAAAUAUGGCUCAAAAUGAACAUCCACAAAAGGCGUUUGGAUGGGCUGCUCGAGACACUUCUGGCCUUCUUGCUCCUUUUAACUUCUCUAGGAGGGCAACUGGUGAUUUAGAUGUAACUUUCAAAGUGUUAUAUUGUGGAAUUUGUCACUCUGAUCUUCACUUUAUUAAGAAUGAAUGGGGGAAUGCCUCCUACCCUGCCGUUCCUGGGCACGAAGUUGUUGGAGUGGUCACAGAAGUUGGGAAAAAAGUGCAAAAAUUCAAAGUAGGAGACAAAAUUGGGGUAGGAUGUAUGGUUGGUUCAUGUCGUUCAUGUAACAAUUGCAACAAAAAUCUUGAAAAUUAUUGUCCAAAGACGAUUUUAACUUAUGGAUCCAAAUACUAUGAUGGUACCAUGACAUAUGGUGGUUACUCUAAUAUCAUGGUGGUUGAUCACCAUUUUGGUGUUCUGAUUCCUGAGACCAUGCCACUCGAUUCCACGGCGCCUCUUUUAUGUGCUGGCAUUACUGUGUAUAGUCCGUUAAAGUUUUUUGGGCUGGCUGAACCUGGGCUUCAUGUGGGCGUUGUUGGGCUUGGUGGGCUUGGUCACAUGGCUGUCAAAUUUGCUAAGGCAUUUGGGGUUCAUGUCACUGUUAUUAGUACCUCUCCUGAUAAGAAGGAUGAAGCUAUUAAUCGUCUUGGGGCUGAUUCUUUUGUGGUCAGUCGCGAUCCUCAACAAAUGGAGGCAGUAGCAGGAACAAUGGAUGGCAUAAUCGACACGGUUUCCGCAUCUCAUCCUCUCUUACCAUUAAUGGCAUUAUUAAAAACUGACGGAAAACUCGUCAUGGUUGGUGCUCCACCUAAACCUCUUGAGUUGCCUGCUUUUUCAGUAAUUUCAGGAAGAAAAAUGGUAGCUGGAAGCGGCAUCGGAGGAAUGAAAGAGACGCAAGAGAUGAUUGAUUUUGCUGCUAAACACGACAUUAAAUCCGACAUUGAGGUGAUUCCGAUGGAUUAUGUUAACACGGCCAUGGAACGCGUACUUAAAGCUGAUGUUAGGUAUCGUUUUGUGAUCGACAUCGGCAAUACAUUGAAAGGUGAAUGAGAGGGUUAAUUCAUUUGACGUACACAAUAUGAUGUUUAACUACAAUGAGUUACUUUCAAGCCUUGUCGGGUUGGAAAUAGGAAAUGUAUGCAAUAAUGGUUGGACAAAAUAGUGUUUCUUCUUGUCAUUAUUACUCAUUAAAUUUGAUUUUCGCAUGAAUAGUUGGUUUCUUAUGUAGUUUGUACUUUUUGUUACAUUAUAAUGAUAAUGAUAUGUAUGUAUAAUAAGAAAAAUGAUAUAAUUAUGAUAAAUGAUUAUGUUGCUUUCAUAUGUUAAAGAUGGCGUUUGAAGGCCGCCUU